GAUUACAGAAUUGAAUGGGGUAGUGUUUAUGAACGUACUGAACAGUUCAUCAGUAGAGAAAUUAAAGAUUUAGAAAUCGAAGAGAUUGUGGUUUCUACUGGCAGAAAAGCUGUCCGUGAAAGAUUUGAUAUUAAAAUUGAUCAUG